AAAAGGCUUCGGCAAUGGAUGAGACUCCUCUCCUCUGCCCAGAGUCCAGAGAGACACGAGGCGUACGGGCUUGAACUUCCUGUCCGGCACGUAUCCAUGUCGGCACGAGUCGUGCCGAUAUGGACACCUACGACACGUCUGCGCGAUGUUGCUACGUGAUUACGGGAGCAAGAAAAGGAAAAGCUCGAAUAGAUCGAUCUAUCGAUUCAUCUCCGACUAUAUUCAGCAAUGGCGGCGAUCCGAUGUGCUGCUGCUGGCAUCGCGCUCCUCCGACGAGCAGCAGCCGGCGGCGAGCGGGCAGCGCUGCAGAAGAUCUUCCCCUCGCUGCGACCUCGGGGGAUUCACAGCCUCCUCGAUCGGACUCCCAGCGCCGGCGCCCUGUCGUCGCCGAUGUCGUUAAUAGGUCCAGCUCGCUGCGGCGCCUCAUCCAACAGAUACAUGAGUACCGGCCGCUUACAGCAGAAGGGCGGACACAGUGCGCCAACUUAUCAGGAGCCCAGUGCCAAGCUUCUCUGUCUGCUAACGCUCACGGCAUCAUUGAUGCAUGAUGCGUGGGAUUCUUACGAUGGGUUUGCAUGCCGUUUCGGCGAGUUUUCAACGUGCGAGUUCUCGUUGCCGCAGAUUUCCCAAUUCCCAACAGCUGCUUGGUCGGUACUGGACAAGACCCGUGACUCCAUGCUGGAAAGAGAGCCCCCAAGUUCAACCUGAGGAAAGAUUUUGACAUUUGUCAUACUAGUAAUUUGUCCACGGACUUUUACACAACUAAUGUAAAGGCACUUAGCUCAGAAAACUCUGUGUGUGCUGAGUGCAUUUGCUUCCUUUUCAAAAAAUAACUUCAAUUUUCCUUAAAAAAUAGCUGACGUUCGAAUGAAUCAAGGUCGUUUAUGUAGAAAUUGUAGGAUGGCUAGAAUAUUUUGUUGUUGUAUGUUGUAUUGACACACAUAUGUUGUAUUGACCUUGACUCUCAUAUGGGGUAU